AUGCCCUCUCAGGUCUGCCCUACCUGCCAAGGGGGCUAUAGUGACCUACUAGAGCAUAUCCGGAAAAAACACCCUGCUGAGACCUAUACUAACCAGCAGCUCCAGCCACUUGGCUUAGUCAGCUGCCCUUACUGUGCCACAGCCUGCCGCGGCUUACAUGGCAUAAGAACCCAUAGUGCUAAAAUCCAUGGCAUAGAAGGAAGAGCUAAAAUCUCUACCUUACCUAGGCCAAGGACCUAUAUAGCUACUAGGGCCACUAAUACCUUUACAGCUAGCCAAUCAGAAACCUGCACUACUCCUAAUCAGGCUAGUCAGGACCUAAUUCCUAGCUAUAAGACCUCUUUAAGAAGGAAAAGGCCAGCUAGGACCCCUUCCCCAGACUGGCAAAGACCUUCUCAAAGGCAAAGGCAGCUACAGCCUACCCUAGACCCUAGAUCACAGUCACCUACCCUAGACCCCCUGCCUAGGUUAAGAUCAGGGUCAGUUACAAGCUAUAGCAGCCUAUCUGCCUAUAUAGAAGACCCUCAAGAGGACCCUCAAGAGGACCCCCAAGAGGCUACCCUAGACCCCCAAUACGAGGAGGCUAUCCUAGACCCCUCCGAGACCCAACCUCCCCUAGAAGACCUUCCUAGGGCUAGGUCAGGAUCAGAGGCUAAACCCACCCUAGAGCAGCUACAUAACCAAGCUAUAGCCCCUAUCCUAGAAAGGGCCCCUAUAAAGAAGCUAUUAGCUUUCUCAAAGGUCCCUAUACCAGAAAAGAGGCUACAUGCUAGGCAGGCUGUUAUUUUCAUAGCUGCAGCCUAUAAGGCGGCAGAAGCCUUCCUGAAAAGGCCUACGGAAAGGGCUCUAUUAUACUUCCUUCUUCUCCCUAGGCUCCUAGGGCUAGGGCUACAAAAAGGAGGUCUAGGUACCUUAUUAAGGUCCUAUCCUACUAAUAUCCCUACCCUAGAAAGCCUACAGCCCCUACAGCAGCCCCAAAACUACCCCAAGGCAGCUAGACCUUCUAUAGCUCUUAGCCCAGCCCAGAAGGCUACCAAGCUAUUAGAAAGAGGCUACCUAGGCCGGGCUGCUAGGGCACUCAUAGACCCUACCCCAGUGGCGCCUAAUACCGCUGAAAAUAGGGCUAUAUUACUAGAAAAGCACCCUAUUGGCUCUAGAGACCCCUUCCAGGGCAAGACCCGCCCAAGACCUGGCCAGCCAAUUACACCAAAGGCUAUUAUACAAGCUAUUAAGUCUAUAGGCAAGGAAAAAGCCCCUGGCCUUAGCGGCUGGACUAGACCCCUGCUAGACCUAGUAGUAGCCAAGGAAGAUUCCCCUGUAAUAGCCUUCCUUAGGCUGCUAGCUGAUAUGAUUCGUCAGGGCACAGCCCCAGGGGCUGACCUACUAUGUGCUAGCCGCCUUAUAGGCCUAGAAAAGCCAGGUGGGGGGGUUAGGCCUAUAGCUAUAGGGGAUCUUAUCUAUAAGGUAGCUAUGAAAGCAAUCCUUAUGACCUCCUAUAGGUCUGAGAUGCUGUUACCCUUCCAGCUAGGCGUAAACAGCCCAGGAGGGGUUGAACCAGCUAUUUUCCUUCUAGAAGAGGCUAUCUUAGGCCCUAAUAGUGCUGAUUUUCAGCAACUAGUCUCUAUAGACCUUGCCAAUGCCUUUAAUUCAGUAGAUAGGGCAUCUAUAGCUGCUUCUGUGGCUACUUAUGCCCCUACCUUCUAUAAGGCAGCAGCCUGGGCCUAUAAUAGCCCUUCUCUCUUGGUUACAGAGGAUGGAUAUACCCUAGCUUCUUCCAAGGGGGUUAGGCAAGCCCCUAACGGCACCCUAGAGGCAGCUAGGAAGGUCUUCUCUAGGUCCCCUUUUCAGCUUAACCUAACUAAAAGCAAGGAAAUAGCUAUAAGGGACCUAAAAGAAGAAGGAAUAAAGGCCCUAGGC